CCCCAGAGGCCGAACCAGCAGCUCCUGCCACCUCUCUGGCUGCCCCUUGGAGCCCACCUAGCCCAGCCUGACCAAUGUCCACAGCCAGGGAGCAGCCCAUCUUCAGCACCAGGGCACAUGUGUUCCAGAUCGACCCAGCUACCAAGCGGAACUGGAUCCCUGCGGGCAAGCACGCACUCACUGUCUCCUACUUCUAUGAUGCCACCCGAAACGUCUACCGAAUCAUCAGCAUUGGGGGUGCCAAGGCCAUUAUCAAUAGUACUGUCACCCCCAACAUGACCUUUACCAAAACCUCCCAGAAGUUCGGACAAUGGGCAGACAGUCGUGCCAACACUGUCUACGGCCUUGGCUUUGCUUCUGAACAGCAUCUAACCCAGUUUGCUGAGAAGUUCCAGGAAGUGAAGGAAGCAGCGAGGCUGGCGAGGGAGAAAUCUCAGGAUGGGGGGGAGCUCACCAGUCCAGCCCUGGGGCUCUCCACUCAUCAGGUGCCCCCGAGCCCCCUCAUCAGCACCAAUGGCCCCCCCAGCGACGAGAAGCUGUUCCGCAGCCAGAGCGCGGAAGCCCCUGGCCCCGCCGAGCGAGAGCGGCUCAAGAAGAUGCUGUCCGAGGGUUCUACCCCACGGAGCCUCCCAACCCCACCCCGCCUGGCUCGGUCCGGGUGGGCUGACCCGGGCUCCCGCAUUCCCAUUGUCUCUGAACAAACACCCGGCCUCGAGGCACAGCGCGCAGAGGCUGAGCGGCUGCGGCAGCGGGUGGCUGAACUGGAGGCCCAGGCAGCCACAGAGCCGGCCCCAGUCAGUGAGAAAGAGGGGCCAGGCCAGGCGCUGGAACAGCUGGAGUCCUUAGUGCAGACCAAGGACCAGGAGAUCCAGACACUCAAGAGCCAGGCCGGUGUGCCCCGCGAGGCCCCUGAUGCAGUGGAUCGGGAGGAGACGCAACAGAAGGUGCAGGACCUGGAAACCCGCAACGUGGAGUUGGAGCACCAGCUGCGGGUGACAGAGCGCAGCCUGGAGGAGGCUCGGGCUGAGCGGGAACGGGCAAGGGCUGAGGUGGGCCGGGCCGCACAGCUGCUGGACGUCAGACUGUUCGAGCUGAGCGAGCUGCGGGAGGGCCUGGCCCGCCUAGCCGAGGGUGCUCCCUGAGCCUGGCCUGGCCACCAGUCCUUGUAGGAGCUGGAGCCUAUGGGAGCAGGUUCUACACAAAUGCUUCCCAUUUGGGGCAUGGGCUGGCCGCAGGCGGCCCAGCAGGCCACUUGCCCUGGCAGGGACCAGGGCUGACAGCCAAUAGAGGGCUUGGCUGCUUACAGCUUAGGGGCUGUUGGGGGCUUUUCAUUGUGUAAGAUUUCUAGACUCUCCACCAGGGCACAUGCUGGUGCCCAGAUUACAUUUCUAAGCAUGACUGUGUGUGUGUGGUGGGUGGACACUAAAUGUUGUCAUUGGACCUUC